UUAUAUUGUUAUAUAUAAAAAAAUGUUUUCUAGGACGUUGCACAGAAUCAGGAACUGUUGCAAUUAUGACGAACGAAUGAUCAGAGUCGCCAGAAAUCUGCGGUUUUAUUAUUAGCCGUAAUUAGCGGUUCGCGUUAGAUAUUAGAGAGCUCGAAAUACCUAACUAUUGCAUCUUCCAUCUCUCCAUCUCCUUAGGAGAUCGAAUUGGUCGCUAUAAAACCGAAUCCUUUGCGUCGAGUCGUCUCAGUUUCGCGAAUGCUCGUAAAAUUCCACCGAAUUGCUAAUGAUUCGGAAGGCGAUACUUUUAGCGAUGGUCUUGGUAGGAGUUCGUUCCGAACCUCAAGGCCCAGCCUAUCUUCCACCUAGUCCUCGACCAGCUCCAGGAGGAGGAGGAGGAACUGGUCAUCCGGACGAGUGGGCCGGUGAUCCGGCGAACUAUGAGUUCUCGUAUGAGGUUCAGGAUGCAGCGGUGGGUCUGGAUUUUGGUCAUCGCGAGAUGAGGAAAGACAUGGAGGCGACUGGGACUUAUCACGUGCUUCUGCCGGACGGUAGGACCCAGAUUGUCGAUUACGUCGCCGAUCAGGCCGGAUAUCGGCCGAUGAUUCGAUACGAGGGCACCGCGACUUAUCCAGCUGGGCCAGCUCCGGGGGCACAAGAAGAGGGCUACAGAUAUUAAGAUCUUAACUCUUUCUUCUGGUUAAGAACGCAUUCCAAAAAGGAUUAAGCCAAUAUUAUAUUGUAGACACUCUUAGAUAAAUACAUCACGAGUCCGAUCGUGUUUUGCAAUUAAUGGAGUUGUCGAGUAUAAUUAAUGAAGAUGUCGAAGGGAUUAAUAAUCUCUGCGAAUAUAAUACACACUCAUAUAGGUACGCCAUCGAAUAAUUUAACAGAUGAGAUUAAGAUAAUUUCUCGUUCGAAGAACAAAAAGUGAUAGUAGAACGAAACAUUUGCAACGAGACGAUAACAACUAUAAUUUUAUUUAUAAUGCGUAAUAAAUAA